CUUCCGCACCGGCAUCCGCCAGCUUCAAAGAUGGAGCCCGAUCAGUUUAGGAUGAAUUUGUGGGGCAGCGGACCGAAACCUGGGCAGUUUUAUAACUUUCCUGGUCAAAGCGAAUACACGUUCCCAGGAUGUGGACCUAUCAAACAUACCCUCAACCCCAUGGUAACUGGGACAUCAGUUUUGGGGGUGAAGUUUGAGAAAGGAGUGGUCAUUGCUGCAGAUAUGCUUGGCUCUUAUGGUUCAUUGGCAAGAUUUAGAAACAUCUCGCGUCUCAUGAAAGUCAAUAACAACACUAUACUUGGAGCAUCUGGAGACUAUGCUGACUACCAAUACUUGAAGCAAGUGAUUGAACAGAUGGUUAUUGAUGAGGAGCUCCUUGGUGAUGGUCACAGCUACAGUCCUAAAGCCAUUCACUCGUGGCUUACUCGCGUACUGUACAAUAGGAGAAGCAAGAUGAAUCCUUUGUGGAAUACAAUUGUCAUUGGAGGCUUCUACAAUGGAGAAAGCUUUUUAGGUUAUGUUGACAAGCUUGGAGUAGCAUAUGAAGCACCCACUAUUGCUACAGGUUUUGGGGCCUAUUUAGCACAGCCCUUAAUGAGAGAAGCUUUCGAAUCCAAACCUGUAAUGGGUAAAGAUGAAGCCCGGGAGCUGGUUGAACGUUGCCUGAAAGUACUAUAUUACAGAGACGCCCGCUCAUAUAACAGAUAUGAGAUUGCAACGGUAACUGAAAGCGGAGUGGAAAUUGAGGGACCACUGUCCUCUGAAACUAACUGGGACAUUGCAAACAUGGUCAGUGGCUUUGAGUGAAGAAAUGGAUGCUCCCUUUGCCCACAACACUGAAUAUUAUUAUUUUUUAUUUUGUAAAAUGAAGCUCAGUUGUAAAACAAAUUGCCUUUUGUUAUUUAGUAUUGAAGCUCUGAAUAAACAAUUCCAAGUCUGG